GGCAAGCAAAGGAAGCCAGGCGUUGAAACGAGCGUUGAGAAAAGCAACAGCAGUCGGAACAUUGAUGCGUGGCCCAGUGGCAGCCUUCGGCGCGGUGCUCCAACUCCUUCCCGUUCUCAAGUCCUGGAAAAGUGUUGUGGUGCUAUUACUUGCCCUUGCCUGGCUCAGAUGGAUCGGGGGCCAUAUCAAACUCACGACCAUACGAGCUCAGGAGAGCAAAGAUGACCGAGACAAAGCUUUCGAAAACAUGUCAAUAUCAGUGGCUCCAACGCAGAGAGCAGCCAUCGACGCAUCACACGAAGCUUAUCAGUGCAGUUCGGUGACCAAAGACAUCAUCGACUUCAUAAGCAAGGUGGUCAUCAGUUUCGGCUUGCUUGCUCUUGUAUUCUGGGACUCUCAAGACUUCAUGCUUGUCGUCAAAUCCGCCCAUGCCCUCUACAAGCUCAAUGACAUCAGUGGCAAGUGGUUCGAGGCGUCUGCGAAGUCUGAAACAGCCGUCAAAGCCAUAAAGUCAUACAAAAAGUCCACAGGAGAUCACGGUCGCACAACGGGCAAGACCUGGAAAUCGUGGGUAGGAGCUUUCCAUCUUGGCAGCCUGAGCUGCCUGGAGGACAGCCGGCGGUGCGGAAAAGUAGUGAUGCAGCUUUUGAUUAAGUCUCCCUUAGCGUUAUCAGGGUCGUUGUCGAAGCCUGCCGAGGGAACACGGGAACUCCGGUCCAAGUGCGCUGCGGAGAGGCAAGCACACAGCAACGACCGAGGCAGGCUGGCCAAAGACUUACCUAAUGCAUUUGGCUAGGUUAGCAUGUUGCUGGCAGGGAAACAUGGAG